AUGGAGAACUUGCCCUCUAGGUUACAGAACUCAAUAACCUUUGAGGAUGUGGCCAUGGACUUCACCCAGGAGGAGUGGGCAUUGCUGGAUUCAUCUCAGAGAAAACUGUACAGAGAUGUGAUGCUGGAGAACUAUAGAAACUUGGCUUCACUGGGACGUCAACUCAGAAAACCUCCUCUCAUCACCCAGAUGGAGCAGGAAGAUGAAAUGGAGAUAGUAGAGAGAAGAAUUCACCAAGAUACCUGUUCAGAUGAGAUGAUUCUUGAAAUCAAACAACCGCAGCAAAAACAAGGUAUUUUGGAGAACUACACACUCAAUGGCAAGAAGGAACAAACUCUUGGAGGCAACCCCAUUCAAUGUAGUGAAAUUGAUGAAGCCUUGAGUGUGAAAUCCAGCAUUACUCAGAAUAAGAGAAUUUACUCUGGCAAGAAACCCCAUCAAUACCUUGACUCUGCAAAAGCCCUCAGAGAUUCUUCACAUCUUAAGCCACAUGAAGGAAUUCUUCCUCUGGAAAAAUCUUAUGAAUGUGAAAAAGAUGAAAAUGCCUCUAACUUAGCUGGGCACAAGAGACAACAUGCAGGCAAGACAUCCUAUGAAUGCAGUGACUGUGGGAAAGUCUUAAAUUCAAUCUCACACCUUAAGAAGCAUGAAAAAACUCACAUUAGAGAGAACCCUUUUGAGUGUAGUCAGUGUGGUAAAGUAUUACAGAGCCAUUCAUCCAUUAAGUUGCACAUGAGAACUCACACUGGAGAAAAACCGUUUAAGUGUGAUCAGUGCGGGAAAGCCUACAGCUCAAGCUCUUACCUUACACGUCACAAGAGAAUUCACACUGGGGAGAAGCCCUAUGAGUGCCACGACUGUGGAAAAACCUUUCGAGAUAGCUCACUUCUCAGACAACAUUCAGGGACUCAUUCAAGAGAAAAACCCUACAAAUGUAAUCAAUGCAGCAAAACCUUCAGUAGAAGCUCUAGGCUUACCAUACACCAGAUAACACAUACUGGAGAGAAACCCUAUACAUGCAAUGACUGUGGGAAAACCUUCAGUAUUCUCUCAUAUUUUAAAAGACAUAGGAGAAUCCACACUGGGGAGAUAGGCAUUGAGUGUAGCCACUGUGGUAAAGCCCUAAGUAGUAAGUCAUCUCUUAAGAUACAUCUGCGGAUACAUACUGGAGAGAAACCUUACAAAUGUGAUCAAUGUGGAAAAGCUUUUAGGCUGAGCUCCAACCUUAUCACACACAAGAAAAUUCAUACUGGAGAGAAACCCUGUAAGUGCAAUGACUGUGGAAAAGCCUUCAGGGAUCGCUCAUGCCUUAAAGAACAUGUGAGAAUUCAUACUGGAGAAAAACCAUUUACAUGCAAUCAAUGUGGAAAAGCCUUCAGAGUGAAAUCUUUCCUUGUUUUGCAUAAGAAAAUUCACAUGAAAAUGAAACAUGAAUGUAAGGAAUGUGGGAAAACCUUCCGUGGACCCUUAUCUUAUAGGAGACAUAUGAAAGUCCACACCAGGGGUAAGAAACCUUUUAACUGCAGUGAGUGUGGAAAAGCUUUUAGCAGGCAUGUGUCCCUUACAAUACACAUGAGAACUCAUACGGGAGAGAAACCCUAUGAGUGUAAUCAAUGUGGAAAAUCCUUUAGUGUAAAGUGUAAUCUCACUGUGCACAAAAGAAUACAUACUGGAGAAAAACCUUAUAAAUGCAAUGUCUGUGGGCAAGGUUUCAGUAAACCCUCAGCCCUUCAGCGUCAUGAGAGAACUCAUGCUCAAUAA